AGAAGAUUUGAGAAAAUAAAAAAAGGGUUGAGUUGCAGUGUCACAAUGAUUUCUGCUGCAAAGUGAGCACAUGUUCUGAAAAACCAUAAGUGAUGUGUAACAAGGCACGCGAGUUACUGCGCCUCCGUUGCGUACCACAUGAAAAGUGUUACUUAGUACUCCCUUCCGUUCUCGUAUAAUUGUACAAUCUCUUCGAUCAACGAUUCGGCUGACGCCCGGUACCUCAAAAAUUAGCAGCAGCAACAGCUGCUACUUCUACUACUUCUGCUACCACUGCUGCAGUCACAUCUGGAUAACUGUAGUUAGUAGUAGUAGCAUAACAUGCUUUUGUAGUCAAGACCGGACAUUUACCAUCACAUGGCAAAUGCAUUGAAACAAAAGCGAUAUACGCAACAGUAAUCAGUGUAGAAACUCACCUAGAUACUAGAAAGAAAGAAAAAGAAAAACUUUCAUAUCUGUUUUGUGUUUCUUUCCCCCCACUCUUGUCUCUAAUUGAUAAAAUUCAUCCUCGUCAUUCGGAUUUGUGUCGCGACAAGGAUGGAUACUCUUCCUGACAAAAUCUCAUCUGUAUCUGAUUCAUCAGAAAAUACUCAAGACAGUAUAGAAGAUGAAUUUUUGGAGAUGAUGACUGCUGGUUCUCAGUCGAGUUCUGAAAGUGUUGAUGGAACAAGUGUCGAUGUAGUAACAUCUAAUUUCCCAGUUGUCUUUCCUCAACAAUCUUUUCACUCAGAUGGAAUUGGUCAUCGACCUGUUCUCAGGCAUACGAUGUCAGGUGUUAACCUGGAUCAUCGAGGGAAACGUUCUACAUACCCUAAAGAUUUCACAGUUGCCACACCGGAAGAAUUUGUGAAGAAGUUUGGUGGCAAUAAAGUUAUCAACACAGUUCUGAUAGCAAACAAUGGCAUUGCAGCUGUUAAAUGCAUACGUUCUGUACGGCGAUGGGCAUAUGAGAUGUUCCGCAAUGAAAGAGCCAUUCGAUUUGUUGUCAUGGUUACCCCUGAAGAUUUGAAAGCAAAUGCUGAAUACAUACGUAUGGGUGACCAGUAUGUUCCAGUUCAAGGAGGAACAAAUCAUAAUAAUUAUGCCAAUGUAGAACUUAUUUUGGACAUUGCUAAACGGACACAGGUGCAAGCCGUUUGGGCUGGUUGGGGCCAUGCUUCAGAAAAUCCUCGACUUCCAGAGCUUCUUCAUAAACACGGAAUAACAUUCAUUGGACCACCAGAAGGGGCCAUGUGGGCCCUUGGAGAUAAGAUAGCAUCAACCAUUGUGGCACAGACUGCUGGUGUUCCCACUCUCCCUUGGAGUGGAACAGGUUUAAGUCUACAGAAGAGUGAAAUAGAACGAAAUAAGGGCCAAACACAAAUGGUACCUAAAGACCUAUAUAAUAAAGGAUGCAUUCAGACUGUGGAUGAGGCCUUACAAGUGGCUUACAAGAUUGGUUUUCCUGUCAUGAUCAAAGCAUCAGAAGGUGGGGGUGGACGUGGCAUCAGAAAAGCAAAUAAUGCUGAUGAUUUUCUAAAUUUAUUCAGACAGGUACAAAGUGAAGUGCCUGGCUCACCAAUAUUUGUCAUGAAACUUGCAAUGGCUGCUCGUCAUCUUGAGGUUCAGAUAUUAGCUGACAACUAUGGCAAUGCAAUCUCUCUGUUCGGCAGAGACUGUUCAAUUCAAAGGCGUCAUCAAAAAAUCAUUGAAGAAGCACCUGUUGUUGUUGCAAAGCCAGAAACAUUUGAAGAAAUGGAAAAGGCUGCUGUGACAUUAGCAAAAAUGGUUGGUUAUGUGAGUGCAGGAACAGUGGAAUACCUAUAUUGUGAAGAUGACUCAUUCUACUUUCUUGAAUUAAAUCCACGGUUACAAGUGGAACAUCCAUGUACCGAGAUGAUUGCAGAUGUUAACCUUCCCGCCGCCCAAUUGCAGAUCGCAAUGGGAAUUCCGUUGUACAGAAUCAAAGACAUACGGCUAUUGUAUGGAGAAGAUCCUGCAGGUGACCAAAUCAUUCCAUUUGAUGAUUUGAAAAUUAAACCACAACCACGGGGUCAUGUUAUUGCUGCAAGAAUCACCAGUGAAAAUCCAGAAGAGGGUUUUAAACCAAGCUCAGGCACUGUUCAGGAGUUGAACUUCCGCAGCAGCAAGAAUGUCUGGGGUUACUUUAGUGUUGUAGCAUCUGGAGGUCUCCACGAAUUUGCUGAUUCCCAAUUUGGCCAUUGUUUUUCAUGGGGAGAAUGCCGGGAGGAUGCACGAGAAAAUAUGGUUGUGGCGUUGAAUGAAUUAUCUAUCCGUGGUGAUUUCCGUACCACUGUAGAAUACCUCACUCGCCUCCUGGAAACUGAAGAUUUUCAAAAUAAUGUCUUAACUACUGGCUGGCUUGAUAAGUUGAUCGCUACAAAGUUUCAGGCUGAAAAACCUGAUAUAAUUCUUGGUGUCAUCAGUGGGUCUCUCCAUCUUGCCGAUCAUACUAUAUUCACUUGUUUCCAGAACUUUCAAACUGCUUUAGAAAGAGGCCAGAUAUUUCCUGCAAAUUCUCUGAAAAAUAAAGUGGAUGUCGAGUUCAUUUAUGAUGGUGUGAAAUAUGUUACAACAGUUGUGAGGACAGGACUGGCAAGUUACUUUGUUCUAAUGAAUGGCUCCUACAUGGAUAUUGAAGCUCAUCGUCUGACCGAUGGUGGGUUAUUGCUAUCAGUAGGUGGAUCCAGUUAUACCACUUACAUGAAGGAAGAAGUUGAUAGCUACAGAGUUACCAUCGGCAAUAAAACUUGUGUCUUUCUGAAAGAAAACGACCCCACUGUACUCAGAUCCCCGUCUGCUGGGAAACUACUUUCAUAUAAAGUAGAAGACGGAGGACAUCUUUUCAGUGGGGAGGCAUAUGCUGAAAUGGAAGUUAUGAAAAUGAAUCUUACUCUUAAAAUUCCAGAAAGUGGUUGCAUUUAUUAUAAAAAACGCCCUGGAGCUCUACUUGAGCCUGGUGUAACCAUUGCUACCUUAGAUUUAGAUGACCCAAGUAGAACACAACAGGCGGAACUUUAUGAUGGUAGCUUACCAUACAACAGCAAUCAAUCAACAAGUGGUAACAAGCUGCAUCAAGUGUUUACAAGUAUCAAAGCUGAACUGGAGAACAUUUUAGCAGGCUAUGUCUUGCCAAGUCCAUAUUUUAGUGAACGCCUCAAGGAAUCUGUCCAAACACUAAUGAAAUGUUUACGAGACCCUAAUCUGCCUUUGCUUGAACUCCAGGACCUCAUCUCUAUGAGUGCUGGAAGAGUGGCACCACAUGUAGAAAAAUCAAUUCGUAAAUUAAUAACAUCAUAUGCUAAAAAUAUAACAUCAGUUCUCUCCCAGUUUCCAAGCCAAGAUAUUGCUCAUGUGAUUGACAGUCAUGCAGCCACACUGAACCGACGAGCUGAAAGAGAGGUGUUUUUUAUGACCACCCAAGGAAUUGUGCAGCUUGUGCAGAGAUAUCGAAAUGGUAUCCGAGGCCACAUGAAGUCAGUUGUUCGUGAUCUUUUGAAAUGUUAUGUUCAAGUUGAAGCUCAGUUUCAGCAUGGUCACUAUGAUAAAUGUGUUGCCCAAGUUCGAGAAAGACACAAGGAUGACAUGGGUGCAGUUACAGCCACAAUUUUUUCUCAUUCUGCGAUUGCUGAAAAGAAUGAACUGGUCAUAUUACUCAUAGAAUACUUGUGUGGAAAUGAAUCUGGUCUCACUGAUGACCUAGCACAGAUUCUCAGUGAGUUGACCACUCUGAACAAAACUGAAAAUGCCAAAGUAGCUCUCCGAGCACGACAGAUUCUGAUUGCUGCACAUCAGCCUGCCUUUGAACUGCGACAUAAUCAAAUGGAAUCAAUCUUUCUGUCUGCUAUUAAUAUAUCUGGUCACGAUUUCUGUCCUGAGAACCUUCAGAAACUCAUUAAUUCUGAGACUGCUAUUUAUGAUGUUUUGCAAGAAUUCUUUUUCCAUUCAAACUCAUUGGUGAGAACAGCAGCUUUAGAGGUGUAUGUCCGAAGAGCCUAUACUGCUUAUGAACUUGUGUGUUUGCGUCAUGAUCAACUCUUGAAUAGUCUCUGUGUUGUUGAAUUCAAGUUUCUUUUGCCGACAUCUCACCCCAACAGGUUGAUUCAUCCUGGAUUGAUGGUAAUGCGGUUUGAUGGCGGCAUAGCAAAAGAUGAUAUAAAACAGCAAUGGGAUCAUAAUGAAUCUUCCAUGCUCACUGAGAGGAUGGGUAUUGUUGCUGCUUUCUCAUCAUUUGCAGAACUCAGAGAAUAUUUUGAUGAAUUAAUGCUGAGGUUUUCUGAUGAAGAUGCAUCUGAAAUUCCUUUAAUACAGAAGACUUUACAAUCAGGAAUGGAAGAUGCUGUUUCUAUACAAAGUACAUCUGACAUUGACGAGCCUAUUAAUAUUAUCAAUGUGUCUAUCAAAUAUUCUGAGAAACUGGAUGAUGAAACUUUGGCUCGAACAUUUCAAGAGUUCUGUAAGGAGAAGGAGAAAAUAUUAAGCGAAAAGGGCAUACGCAGAAUCACUUUCUUGGUUUUGUUUAAGCGGGAAUUUCCUCAAUUUUUCACUUUCCGUGCCCGUUUUGGAUUUGAAGAGGAUAAAAUUUACCGCCAUCUUGAACCUGCCCUGGCAUUCCAAUUGGAGAUCAAUCGAUUGAGAAACUUUGAUCUUGAAGCUAUUCCCACUGCCAACCAUAAGAUGCAUCUCUACUUGGGAAAAGCUAAGGUUGCAAAAGGCCAAGAAGUUACUGACUAUAGAUUCUUUGUGCGUUCUAUUAUUCGUCACUCAGACUUGGUCACAAAGGAAGCAUCUUUUGAAUAUUUACAAAAUGAAGGGGAACGAACAUUACUCGAAGCUAUGGAUGCUCUUGAAGUUGCUUUCUCACAUCCAUUUUCUAAAAGAACUGACUGCAAUCAUAUCUUUUUGAAUUUUGUACCAACACUGACUCUGUCUGAACCUGGCAAGCUGGAAGAUACAGUACGGAAUAUUGUAAUGCGUUAUGGUAGCAGACUGUGGAAACUACGUGUGAUGCAUUCAGAACUGAAGUUUAUGAUUCGACUACAUUCCAAUGGUUCAAGCUUCCCGAUUCGACUAAAUGUGACCAAUGAGAGUGGAUAUUAUUUAGAUAUAUCUCUUUACCGAGAGGUUACAGAUGCAAAAACAGGUUUGGUUAUGUUCCAAGGAUACGGCACCAAACAAGGACCAUACCAUGGCCUUUUGACAAGCACUCCUUACAUGACAAAGGAUCAUUUACAGCUGAAACGCUUCCAAGCUCAGUCUAGUGGGACAACAUAUGUUUAUGAUUUCCCCGAGAUGUUCCGACAGGCUCUCAUGAAACUCUGGCAAGAAUAUUCUAUGCAAGCUGGUGAAGCAGAUCUCACUCUAAUGUCUGAUAUGUUUAUUUACAUUGAACUUGUACUUGAUAGCCACGGACAAAUCUGUAUGCAGAACCGAUUACAUGGCCAAAAUGAAGUUGGUAUGGUUGCUUGGAAAAUGACUUUGAAAACACCUGAGUUUCAAAAUGGCCGAGAUAUUAUUGUCAUUGCAAAUGAUAUCACACAUAAAAUAGGUUCCUUCGGACCUCAAGAAGAUCUGUUGUUCAAAGGUGCAUCUGAACUGGCUCGCAAAUUAAAAUUACCCCGUAUUUACCUGGCAGCAAACAGUGGUGCUAGAAUUGGUCUAGCAGAAGAGAUUAAGCAUUUGUUCCGUGUGGCCUGGGUUGAUCAAAUCGAUCCUAAUAAAGGUUUCAAAUAUCUUUAUCUCCGACCUGAUGAUUUCAAGAAAGUUAGUGCUGCCAAUUCUGUCCGAGCUGAACUGAUAGAUGAUGAUGGAGAAGCACGUUAUAAGAUUACUGAUAUCAUAGGUAAAGAAGAUGGAAUCGGUGUUGAAAACUUGAGGGGUUCUGGUAUGAUUGCAGGAGAGACGUCUCAAGCUUAUGAUGAAAUUGUUACAAUAAGUUUGGUGACUUGUCGAGCUAUUGGCAUUGGUGCUUAUCUUGUGAGACUUGGCCAAAGAAUUAUUCAAGUAGAGAACUCGCAUAUCAUUUUAACUGGUGCUGGUGCUCUGAAUAAAGUGCUUGGCCGAGAAGUGUAUACAAGCAACACUCAGUUGGGUGGUAUCCAAAUCAUGCACAAUAAUGGUGUUUCCCAUGAUGUGGCCUCAGAUGAUUUUGAGGGAGUUUACAAAAUAUUACAGUGGCUCUCUUACAUGCCUAAGUUUCACGGUGGACCACUGCCAAUUGUUCGUCCUCUUGAUCCAGUUGAUCGUACCAUUGAAUUUAUUCCAAGUAAAACCUGUUACAAUCCUCGUAUGAUGCUUUGCGGCAAGAAAGACACAAAUGGUGACUGGAUCAGCGGCUUCUUUGAUCGUGAUUCCUUCAUGGAGAUAAUGCGUCCCUGGGCACAGACAGUUAUUUGUGGACGUGCACGUUUGGGAGGAAUUCCAGUUGGUGUCGUAUGUGUAGAGACUCGUACUGUGGAAGUUACCAUUCCUGCUGAUCCAGCUAACCUUGAUUCAGAAUCAAAAAAUCUUCAACAAGCUGGACAAGUGUGGUUUCCUGAUUCUGCCUACAAAACUGCUCAGACAAUUAAAGAUUUUAAUCAAGAAGAAUUACCUUUAAUCAUUUUUGCCAACUGGAGAGGAUUUUCUGGUGGAAUGAAAGAUAUGUAUGACCAGAUUCUCAAGUUUGGCUCCUACAUUGUCGAUGCCCUUCGUGUUUACAAACAGCCAGUCAUGAUUUACAUUCCACCUUAUGCUGAAUUACGAGGUGGUGCAUGGGUUGUUCUUGAUCCCUCCAUUAAUCCAACGCACAUGGAAAUAUUUGCUGAUGAAUAUGCCAGAGGUGGUGUGUUAGAACCACAAGGUACUGUUGAAAUUAAAUUCCGAAGAAAAGAUCUUGUUAAGGCUAUUCGCCGUAUUGACCCCCAAUGUGCCAAGUUAGUGGAACAGCUCAACUGUCCAACUCUGACCAAAGAGGAGAAAAACCAUCUAGAGUUGGACUUGAGCAACAGUGAAAAUGAACUGAUGUCCAUCUACCAGCAGGUAGCGGUAGAGUUUGCUGACCUUCACGACACUGCUGGACGCAUGGUAGACAAAGAAGUCAUAAAUGAGAUUGUGCGAUGGAAUACGAGUCGUGAAUUCUUUUAUUGGCGUUUGCGUCGCAGACUUCUUGAAAGUCAGCUAAAGAUGAAGAUGAUACAAUUUACCAAAGAUCUGCAAGAUGGGCAAUUAAACUCCAUGUUACGUAGAUGGUUUGUUGAAGACCAGUCAACAGUAAACGCAUAUUUGUGGGAAAACGACAAGGCUGUUGUUGAAUGGUUGCGAGAUCAAAUGGAUGAUGACGGGCUCCACAAUGCCAUUGCAGAAAACAUAAAAUGUCUGCAGAGAGACCAUGUCAUUCAACAAAUUCGAAGUUUGAUCCAGAACAAUCCUGAAGUUGCCAUGGACUCAAUUAUUCAUAUCAAGCAACACAUGAGCUCAACACAGAAAGCCGAAGUGUCCCGCAUUUUCACUAACAUAGACACAUGAUCAGUCAGUCCUUGAUAAUAGUGGAAUGUUUCUAUUUAUUCCAAAUUAUCAUUGCUGAAUGUUUCUUAAUUUAUUAUUUUUCUAUUAUAUAUAUAUAUAUUCUUUAAAUUUUCCUGUUAUGUACGUUGAAUUUCCAGUUUUGUAGCUAUUUAUUUUUAAUUUUCAUUCAUAUGUUGACUGUUUCUGUUCAGUUUGUUUAACAAAUAUAUCUCAGUAGUACUUCCUACUUUUUCCAACAAUGUAUAAUUUUUAGGUUUAAUCUUACACUUUGUUAAAUUGAAAAUAUAAAUUUGUACAUAACAAUACUUUAGCAUUUUUGUUAGCUUGUUAUAUUUUCCUUAGUGGCCUUCUCAUAGCUCUUCAUUAGCUUUUUGCAAUGUAACUAUUACUGCUUACAUCAUCAUCAUUAUUAUUGUUAUUAAGGUGG